AUGUUUGUAGAAAAUCCAUCACAAAUAGACAAUAUGUCUUCAUCUCUACUUUCAUCUUAUUCAUCAUUAUUACAUAUGCAGUGUGAAAUACUUCUACCAUUUUUUUUAAAUCAAACCGCUUUUCUAAAAAAUCAACAAUUAAUACCAAUAUCUAUACGUGAAUUAUUAUUAAAAAAUAAUGUAACAUUUGGUUCACCAAAAACUAUUGAAGAAUGUGUUGUUGAAUUAGAACGUUUAUCAAACAAUUCAAAUAAUAUUAAUAUAUCAAAUAUAAAACCUUUACAAACUUAUGAAAUACAAAAACAUUCACGAUCAUUAAUUUUAUUUGUUUUUCUUAUUGCAUUUGUUUCAUUUAUAUCAAUUAUUGGAAAUUUAUGUUUAGCCAAAGUACUUUAUUCAAAACGUUUUCGUUUAUCACAAACAGAUCGAAUUGUUUUAUGUCUUGCUAUAAGUGAACUUUGUCUUGUUCUUAUUGAUUCACCAAUAGAAAUCUAUCGAUUUCUUUCAUUUUCAUUUUCAAUAACAUGGCUUUGUCGUUUUCAUACAUUUUUCGAAUCAUUCUUUUCAUCAUGUAUUAUCUUUUAUCAUCUAUUAGGAGUAUUUGAUCGUUUUGUUUACAUUUAUGGUCAUACAUCAUCAAAUGUUUCAGUCUUAUCAACAUGGUGUCGUCGAAUAUCAACAAAAUCUGGUACAAUUAUAUUAUUAAUUUUACCUAUAUUAUGUAGUUUACCUAUUGCCAUUUGUAAUCUACUUCAUGCACAUAUUUUACGUGCACCAUCACAAAUAAAAAUUUGUGUUGUACAAUAUGCUAAUGGAUUAUUAAUAAGUCUUUUAAUAUCAUUUUAUAUAUUACCAUUAUUACUUUCAUUUUUUCUUCAUGCUAAAUUGAUCUAUUUUAUACGAUCAAAACGUACACAACGAUAUUUAGCAACAACACCUCAUGCAUUACUCACAAAAAAUACUAAUACAUUAGAUUCACAAGCUAUAUCACAGAAAAAUCAACGUCGAACAAAUCCGAAGAUUCUUACGAAUAAUCAACUUUUAUUACAAACAAAAACUAAUAAGACGAAUGCACGAAAUCAACGUGUCGUUAUGUUUAAUACAAAUACAGCUGGAAAUGCACCGCGAACAAUUAUGACAACAACAACAGGUGGUCAACAAGUUCCAACAAAUAAUUCUUCAAAUUCUUCAGCAUCAAGUCGUUCAUCAACUAGUACAGGUUAUAUGUCAUUAACAUCACCAGUUAUACUUUAUAAGAUUAAUUCACAAGCAAAUGCAAAUGCAAAACGUACAGUAUUAUUACUUGUUUUAUUACUUUCAUUUUAUGUUCUUUGUUGGGCUCCAUAUAAUAUUUAUACAUGGCGUCAUGCUUAUCAAGUAGCAACAAAAGAUCAAAAUCCACAAUUAACUAAUCGUACAUCAACAUAUGAUUAUAAUUUAACAAUAACAGCAUCUAUAGACAAUCUUCAUGCAAAUUUACGUCGAAUUAUAUUUAUUAAUUAUUCAUUAUAUCUUUUAUCAAUGAUAUCAAUGUGUUUUAGUUUUAUACUUUAUUUUUCACUUAAUAAACAAGCUCGUCAAGAAUUUUCACAUUUUAUUGGUUGUAUAUGUCCACAAUUUGUUGGUCCACGUCAAGAAGAAUAUAAUAGACAAAAAGUUAAACAAGAUAAUGAAAGAGGAAGACGUCUACAAUAUCAUACAAGAUAUCAACAUCAUUAUCCUUCAAAUAAUCAACUGUUAUUACUUGCACAUAAUAAUAAUCAACGAGUGAAAACAACGAGAUUUAAUACGCAUCCAAUGAUUGCACCGCCAGUUCCUUUACAUAGCGACAGACAAAAACGUGCAAAUUCUGUUGAACAAAAGUUAGAAAGUGCAUUAUCAAAACGAACAGUACUGACAUAUGGUUGUCAUAUUCAAUGUUGUCCAUAA